GAGAGAGACGCGCUAAUCUCUCCCCGGGAAAUGUGCACGUUCGGGAAUAAGUGGUACCAGUCAGACACUGCGCGGUAAUAUUCCCUCACCGGCUUUGCCAAAUGUUUCCACCAGCACAGAACGAAACGAAAAUGGAGCAAGUCCGGCACCGGGCGGGAUGAACGCAGACCGCCAAGCUGUGACACUGUAAAUCACUGGAGAGGAGGGCAAGCCAGGCGCCACGGUAUUUCACGUCGGAAGAGAAGACACACAACACGCGCGCAGGGCAGUUCAGGUGUUUUGAAACGACCGCAAAUGCAGAGGCACAAAGCUGAGUCGUGACUCUCGCGACUCGUCUGUUUCUGUGCCUAUUCGCCGGCCUGCUAAUGUUACCGGUCCAAUGAUCUUCACACACCGACAACCCGACGCUUCGCAAUGAGUCUCUAAAUUCCUGACCGCUCAGUCUCCUGUGGACACAUCGUUUCCCUCUAGAGGAGGGCAGGCAGCUCACUCACUCAUUCAUUCCCAACUUCAGAUGGACAGUGCACCGAGGGCACCUACAACUAAGAUGCAUUGGAUCACCCUUCUACUGACUGGAUUGACUUUAUGGAGCAAAGUAUCCGUCUACCAUUGCUUAGAUUACGAAGACAAUUACGAUUAUUAUGAAGAGGAGAAGAUGGAGACUAUAGACUACAAAGAUCCCUGCAAAGCUGCUGUCUUUUGGGGUGAUAUCGCCUUAGAUGAAGAAGAUUUGAAAAUGUUUCAGAUCGACAGAACGAUAGACCUGAUACAUCACACACACUCAAGGCAAGGACACACAUCUGGGGGUGUAGGAGAACAUGAUUCCUCAAAGAGGAAGGGAUCUCUCUACCUGCUCUUGGAGAGGUUAAGGAGAUUUAGUUUUGACUCCUGGUCUAAGAACUCCAGUAAGGAGUCUCUGAGCUCGAAGCCUGUGCAGGAGAGUGUCAAGACCAGGAAGAGUGCAAAGCCUCGUGUUCCACGGGCAGCUACCUCUCGUGCGGAGCGCAUCUGGCCGGGCGGUGUCAUCCCCUAUGUGAUUGGAGGGAACUUCACCGGCAGUCAGAGGGCAAUGUUCCGGCAGGCGAUGCGUCACUGGGAGAAACAGACAUGCGUGACGUUCGUUGAGAAGACAGACGAGGAGAGCUACAUAGUCUUCACCUACAGACCGUGUGGCUGUUGUUCAUAUGUAGGUCGUCGUGGUAAUGGCCCGCAGGCGAUCUCCAUUGGUAAAAACUGCGACAAGUUUGGCAUCGUGGUGCACGAGCUGGGACAUGUCAUCGGGUUCUGGCACGAGCACACGCGGCCUGACCGUGACGAUCAUGUCACCAUCAUCAGAGACAACAUCCAGCCAGGUCAGGAGUAUAACUUCUUGAAGAUGGAGCCGGGAGAAGUCAAUUCUCUUGGAGAGGCAUAUGACUUUGACAGCAUUAUGCAUUAUGCAAGAAACACCUUCUCAAGAGGCAUGUUCCUGGACACCAUCCUGCCUUCCCGCGAUGACAAUGGAGUGAGGCCUGCCAUUGGCCAGAGAACCAGGCUGAGUAAAGGAGACAUAGCACAGGCAAGGAAGCUGUAUAGAUGUCCAGCAUGUGGAGAGACCCUGCAGGAAUCAACAGGAAACUUCUCAUCACCUGGCUACCCAAAUGGAUACCCCUCAUAUACACACUGUGUGUGGAGAAUCUCUGUUACACCAGGAGAGAAGAUAGUGCUGAAUUUUACCACUAUGGAUCUGUACAAGAGCAGUCUGUGCUGGUAUGACUACAUUGAAGUGCGGGAUGGAUACUGGAGGAAAGCCCCUUUAUUGGGUCGUUUCUGUGGUGACAAGGUUCCUGAGGUGCUGGUGUCCACUGAGAGUCGCAUGUGGGUAGAGUUCCGCAGCAGUAGUAACUGGGUGGGCAAAGGCUUUGCUGCUGCUUAUGAAGCGAUCUGUGGAGGUGACAUCAGUAAAGAUGCUGGCCAGAUCCAGUCUCCCAACUACCCAGAUGACUACCGGCCAUCCAAGGAAUGUGUGUGGAGAAUCACCGUUGCCGAUGGUUACAAUGUCGGCCUCAGCUUCCAGGCGUUUGAGAUUGAGAGGCAUGACAGCUGUGCUUAUGAUUACCUGGAGGUUCGAGACGGUCUGUCUGAGAGCAGCCCUCUGAUUGGCCGGUUUUGUGGCUAUGACAAACCUGAAGACAUCCGUUCUACCUCAAACACUCUCUGGAUGAAGUUUGUCUCUGAUGGCACUGUCAACAAAGCUGGCUUCGCCGCCAACUUCUUCAAAGAGGAAGACGAGUGUUCCAAGCCAGAUAAUGGAGGCUGCGAACAGAGGUGUGUGAACACCCUCGGCAGCUUCAAAUGUGCGUGUGACCCUGGUUACGAGCUCGCUCCCGACAAGAAGAGCUGUGAAGCUGCGUGUGGUGGCAUCCUCUCCAAGCUGAAUGGUACCAUCACUACUCCGGGCUGGCCAAAGGAGUACCCUCCCAAUAAGAAUUGUGUGUGGCAGGUGGUGGCGCCCAACCAGUACCGCAUAUCUAUGCAGUUUGAAGCCUUUGAGCUUGAGGGCAAUGAGGUGUGUAAGUAUGACUUUGUGGAGGUGCGCAGUGGCCUGACAUCAGACUCCAAGCUCCAUGGGAAGUACUGUGGGACGGAAGUACCCGAGGUCAUCACCUCUCAGUACAACAACAUGCGCAUAGAGUUCAAGUCUGACAACACCGUCUCCAAGAAGGGCUUCAAAGCACACUUCUUCUCUGAUAAAGACGAAUGCUCAAAGGAUAAUGGCGGCUGCCAGCAUGAGUGCAUCAACACUAUAGGCAGCUAUGUGUGCCAGUGCCGCAACGGCUUCAUUCUGCACGAGAACAAGCACGACUGCAAGGAAGCGGAGUGCGAGCACAAGAUCCACAGCCCCAGUGGCACCCUCAGCAGUCCCAACUGGCCCGACAAAUACCCCAGCCGCAAGGAGUGCACCUGGGACAUCACCGCCACGCCUGGACACAGGGUCAAGAUUUCUUUUAAUGAGUUUGAGAUCGAGCAACACCAAGAGUGUGCGUAUGACCACCUGGAGGCCUUCGAUGGAGACUCGGACAAGGCGGCCAUCUUGGGCCGCCUGUGUGGCAGCAAGGUUCCUGAGCCCCUUGUCUCCACCAGUAACAAGAUGUACAUACGCUUCAUUUCUGAUGCCUCGGUGCAGAGGAAAGGCUUCCAGGCCACACAUUCCACUGAAUGUGGAGGUCGAUUGAAAGCAGAGACUCGACAGAGGAAUCUUUACUCCCAUGCCCAGUUUGGGGACAACAACUACCCUGGCCACACUGACUGUGAGUGGCUGAUCACGGCAGAAUCAGGCUAUGGCAUAGAGCUGACCUUCACCACCUUUGAAGUGGAAGAGGAGGCUGACUGUGGCUAUGACUACAUCGAGCUCUAUGAUGGCUAUGACUCCACUGAACACAAACUUGGACGCUUCUGUGGCUCAGGGCCUCGAGAGGAGAUCUAUUCUGCAGGAGAGGCCAUGCUUAUCCGUUUCCAUAGUGAUGAUACUAUCAGCAAGAAAGGCUUCCAUAUCCGCUACACCAGCACCAAGUUCCAGGAGGCACUACACACACACAAAUAACUCCCCUACCCCUCACACACACCUACCAACACAACCCUCUCCACCGCCAAAACAAGGAACGGAGAGAGAACGGAUAGUGAGAGAGGGAAGAAUUGAAACUGAAAGAAGACAGCAUUGCAGACACGUUUGUCUACAAUGGACUGCUCCUCAUGGUGUGUGUGUGUGUGUGUGUGUGUGUGUGUGUGUGUGUGUGUGUCUGUGUGUGUCUGUGUCUGUGUGUGUCUGUGUGUGUGUGCGUGUGUGUGUGUGUGUGUGUGUGUGUGUGUGUGUGGCAUUGGUGGAAUGUCCCACACCACUGACACCGAUGUUUGACUGGAGUGUGUGAGCCCGGCGCCUAACUGGGCCAGAACUGGACAUGGCCUGUGUGACGCCAGCACCCCCCUGCUGCGUAAACCUAAAUAUACACACACACUCUGUUAGAAAAACGUGGGAUGGUAUAUAUGUGUUAAAUAUGGUGCGUAAGUGUGUAUGUGUUUUUUUUUUUUUUUUACUAUGUAUCCCCGUACCAGUAAGUAAGUGAAAUGCAUGAUCACUGUACCUCUGCUCUGGUGUGGAUGAGGUUGGGACACAGGCUCAGGCCUUCAGUGCGUGGGCUAAACGUUGGGAUCCAGACUUGGGGUUAUAAUCUGCUGCUCUACUAUGUAUCCUGGAGAUCAAGCACGCCACAGCAGAAGAAUCUGUGUGUGUGUGUGCGAGUCUUUGUGUGCUAGUGUUGGUGUGGGACUGUGUGUGUGUGUGUGUGUUUGUAAGUGUGUACUUGUGUGGAUGCCUUUGAUGACUCGAUGUCGAGAACCUUUCAUAAGAUAUAGACUGUUUCAUUUGAUCUGUCCCAUGUAAAGGUGUGUGUAUGCAUGUGUUUGAUGCUGUGUACGUAUGUAUGUAUGUGUGUGUCUUAUUCCAUUUGAUUUAUUUUACUGACAUGAACAUAAGGAGAAAAGAAGAAAGUGCGCUUAUCAUGCACUUACAGAAGUAGGAGAUAUCUUUCAACUCCCCCCCUCCCCCCCCCACACACGCUAAUCUUUUUUUCAUCCUCUGUUUCUCGCUUUCCACCUCUACUCUCUCUUGUAAGUCACAAACAAACAGAAACUGAUAUUGGCAUUGUGCUCCCUGGGAUACGAGGAGGAGCCGUGAGAGAACCAUAUGCUCAGUUUGCUUUUCGUGAAAAUGGCCCCCCCCUGAUACCUCCAUGAAUGUUUGUCUAACACGGUCUGCUCCCCCCGUCUCCUGACAAUCUGGGUCCAACAGCUCAGAACUCUCCGUAAAAAAACACUCGAGCCAGUGGAGGGAAGGCGAUUACUGUUGAAGGGAAUUCCUAUGGUGCUAUUCAAUGUGAAGGACUCCCAUGAGCCUCUGGGGCACUGCGCCGAGGCGCAGCGGUGGAGGAGUGGCGGGGCGAGGAGGAGGACGCUGAUGACACGACUGAGACGUUGCAUUGAAAGCACUAGUCCUGUGGAACAACAACAAAUCUUGCCUUAGAACCAAAUGUAUGUUCUUGCACACGGUGUUAUUGUAGAUACGUUUGUCGUCAUUGAUGUUGUUUGUUUUUUUUAUUAUUGUAAUUUUAUUUUAUUUGUUAUUAUUAAGAACUUGAACGUUUUCCGGUGAUAUCGGAUUGAUCUCUGAAGUUGUGUUGACACGCCACGUUCCGUGGGACAGACGCGCAUGUACACCUACACAUGCACAGAAACGCGCAUGUACACAUACACAUGCACAGAAACAUCAGCGCACAUAUAUGUGCUCAUACAUUUUCAUACUGUCGUUCACAUACAUACACACAACUUCUAAACUACAUGUUCACAGUACACAAACACAGGAUGUGAUGUGUGUGUGUGUGUGUAUUUGUUGUGAAUAAUGUACGCAAUGGGAUGCUGAGACAGAGACUGGGUUGUAUCCAUGAGUGUGUAUGUGUGUGUGUGUGUGUGUGCGUGUGUGUGUGGCUUUCGAAAACAACAGAGAUGGAAUGAAUUUACCCAUGUAUGGGACAUCAAGUAUGUGCAUGUGCUGUGUGUGUGGUUCAGUUAGUUUGUGUGUGUGUGUGUGUUUGAGAGUCUGGAUGUGUGUACUUACUGUGUGGGUGAAAUGAUUUUUUUGUCAAUCCAUGUGCCAAGCCCAGCGUAAACUCCUCUGUCACCCUAGUGUAUCAACAGCUUGUGUGUAGCCUGACGACUGAGACAUGACUUUACACACAAAUGAUUAAAAUGUUAAGUCAAACCCAAA